UUUCCCUCCCAGAAGCCCGCGGGCGGCUCGGAGCGCGGUUCGUAUCAUGGCCGCGGGAGCCGGGACUGCGGGCUCCGCUUCCGGCGCGGGCGUCGUGCGUGACCCGGCGGCGUCACAGCCGAGGAAGCGGCCGAGCAGGGAGGGCGGGGAGGGUGCGCGACGGUCGGACGCGAUGGCGGGAGGAGGCGGGAGCGGCGAUGGCAGCGGGAGGGCUGGAGGCCGGCGGGCGUCCCGUAGUAGCGGGCGGGCUCGGCGGGGACGCCACGAGUCGGGGCUGGGGGGCGCGGCGGAGCGAGGCGCGGGGGAGGCCAGGCUGGAGGAGGCGGUCAACCGCUGGGUGCUCAAGUUCUACUUCCACGAGGCGCUGCGGGCCUUUCGGAGUAGCCGGUACGCGGACUUCAGGCAGAUCCGGGACAUCAUGCAGGCUUUGCUUGUCAGGCCCUUGGGGAAGGAGCAUACGGUGUCCCGGUUGCUGCGGGUUAUGCAGUGUCUGUCGCGCAUUGAAGAAGGGGAAAAUUUAGACUGUUCCUUUGAUAUGGAGGCUGAGCUCACGCCAUUGGAAUCAGCUAUGAAUGUGCUGGAGAUGAUUAAAACGGAAUUUACACUGACAGAAGCAGUGGUCGAAUCCAGUAGAAAACUGGUCAAGGAAGCUGCUGUCAUUAUUUGUAUCAAAAACAAAGAAUUUGAAAAGGCUUCAAAAAUUUUGAAAAAACAUAUGUCAAAGGACCCUUCAACUCAGAAGCUCAGAAGUGAUCUCCUGAACAUUAUCCGAGAAAAGAACUUGGCCCACCCUGUUAUCCAGAACUUCUCCUACGAGACCUUCCAGCAGAAGAUGCUGCGCUUCCUGGAGAGCCACCUGGAUGACACGGAGCCCUACCUCCUCACGAUGGCCAAAAAGGCCUUGAGAUCUGAGGCUGCGAGCUCAAGUGCAGGAAAGGAAGACAAGCAGCCAGCGCGAGAGCCUGUGGAGAAGCCGCCCAGGGAGCCCGCGAGGCAGCUACAGAGUACUCCGACUACCAUUGGAAUUAGGACUCUGAAGGCAGCUUUCAAGGCUCUGUCCGGUGCCCAGGAUUCUGAGGCGACCUUCUCGAAACUGGACCAGAAGGAUCUGGUCCUUCCUAACCAAGCACCCCCAUCAUCGCCAGCCCUCAAAGCCAAGAGACCCAGAAAAGAUGAAAAUGAAAACUCAGCCCCAGCUGAGGCUGAGGGCGGCUCGGAACUGCAGCCCAAGAACAAGCGCAUGACAAUAAGCAGAUUGAUUUUGGAGGAGGACAGCCAGAGUACUGAACCCGACACAGGCCUCAGCUCCUCCCCAGAGGCUGCGUCCAAGCCUGCUGCUCUCGGUCAAGCCUGCCCCGGGGAGAAGAAUCCCAAAGUAUCCAAAGGCAAGUGGAACAGCUCUAAUGGGGUCGAAGAAAAAGACACUUGGAUCGGAGAGGAUGAACUGUUUCACGUCCAGGGAGCAACAGGUGAAGACAGUACAUCGAGUGUAGGAAGAAAGCAGAAAUGGACGGUAGAAGAAAGUGAAUGGGUCAAAGCUGGAGUGCAGAAAUACGGGGAAGGAAACUGGGCUGCCAUCUCUAAGAGUUACCCCUUCGUUAACCGAACAGCGGUGAUGAUCAAGGAUCGCUGGCGGACCAUGAAAAAGCUCGGCAUGAACUGAAACUGGCUUUCAUUUCAAAGGAAUUCACAGGAGCAUGGUUCCUGAUCAUAGUCCCUGGUAGUCCGCUGGUUCUUCCCGACGCUGGGAUGGGAUGAAAUGUGGGGAUCGGCCUCCUUCCGUGUCGGGGAGCUCCCAGGGCCGCCUCAUCACUGUCGGAGAUCAUGGAGCUGAGAACUAAGACGCCAAGCCAAGCCCGUCCCAUGUCCUUGGCAGAGAUGACAGGCACACAGCUUGUACAGUGCCAGAAUAUCAUUAGUGUUCCCCUCCUGUAGUGAUUUGCCGAAAUUUACAUCUCCAGUAAUCUGUAGAACCUUCUCCUAAGAAGUGGUGGGGUCUGUUAGGGUCCACUUCCUUUUCCAUGACCUGUGAAAACCAGCAUCAUGAGCAUUACCUGGAGUGAACUCGUUCCCUGUAAAGUUCUGGCCUUCUGGCACAAAUGCAAAGCGACUCUUCUAUUACGAGCCCAAGUUGAGCGAACAGUCUCUGUGGAAUCCGGUUCCUUUUAGAGUGUUUUCCCACCCGUGACAUCAGCCCUAGAGCUGACUGCCUUGGCCUUUGCCCUGAACACAUGCUGGGCUCCUCCGGCAGGUUUAACCUCCGCUUCUCACGUGGUUGAACCAGUGUGUUUUUUGGUAAAAUUGUGAUUGUAGAUAAGCUUAGCCCCGUCCAAGCCCCUCCCCUAACUCCCUUCUUGAUUUUCUUCCUUAUGCUGGACUUUUAAAGCUUAAAAAAGAUCCUGACUGAAUAUCAAUGCCUAAUCCAUUCUUUGUGAAACAGUUGCUUCCGCCUGAUUCCUUAAUUGUGCUGUGUUCGUGUCUUGCACUGGAAUUCAACAUUCCCUGCUCCUUUUGUACCGUGUUGUACUUGCUGUCUCUCAGACAUCCUUAAAGACUGUCUUUUUAGCAGAAAAUUUCAGUAAAGUGUUUUCUGUAAUUUUUUUUUUAAAUAUGGGAA